AUUAAUCUCUCCCCUCAAUUAUGGUAUAUUAUAUCCGAUUUCUCAAGACUCCAAGGAUCCAGAAGCAGAAAGCCGGUUCCAUUACUGUAUCCGCCCUAAUAUGCAUCACAACCGACCUAGGUGAUGCCUUCCUCGCGGACGAUGUGGACUUGCAAGUAAUGCUUCACCUCUCUCCUACCAAGAAGGUGGUAUAUCAAGAACCCCUACAAUGGAAGGCUGGCAGACGUGAACUUCCAGUGGCACUGGGGCCUUUCCCUGCACAUGUCUCUCAGCAAGUUUUGACCAUGGGUGUGACUACCACUCACUCCCAUCAUCAUGAUUCACAUCCACUAUUCUCAGACUCGUUACUAGAUGAGCGCAGCAUUCCACUCGUAAUGUCCGGUUGGAGUGCAGAAUUUGGAGGUCCAUCAUUAACUGCUGAAAAACUGGUGGAAAGACGAUUUAGCUUAACGGAUAAGCUAGGGCUCAGCAUCUGGGAGGAGACUGGCAAUAGCAUUGCACGCCACAUCUGGGAUGCAGCAAUUGCUUCAGUCAUGUAUCUGCAACAAAUAAUUACCGGGAAGCAAUCAGCCCCUGCCCUAAUGCGGCAGACUCUUCUACGAACUGAACGCAGCAGCAGCAGUAGCCCUCUCCAUGUAAUCGAGCUGGGAUCAGGGUGCGGGAUUGUAGGGAUUGCACUCGCACAGCUGCUCUCUCGGUGCUCUGUCUUUCUCACCGAUCUACCAGAAGUCGAGGAAAUCGUAAGUAGAAAUAUCGCGGCCGCUCAGCCUGCGCCGUUCUCAGAGCUCCAGUACCGCACCCUUGAAUGGGAAGAUGCGCUUCCGGAUGAUCUAUGCGGUGGCUCUAUCGACUUGGUUCUAGUCUCAGACUGCACAUACAAUGCCGACAGUUUACCAGCCCUGGUGUCGGUCCUUGAUCGACUCGUCCAGAUGUCGCCGAAUGCGAUCAUUCUUGUUGCCUUGAAGAGGCGACAUGAAAGCGAGAAGAUUUUCUUUGAUUUGAUGCAGUCAGCAGGGCUGUCUACCUUGCACUCGCACCGAAUGGAACUGCCAUCCCAACAUGAUCAGUGCGAUCAAAUUGAAUUGCACUGCUAUGGCCGAGCCAAGAAGCCAUGAAAGACUGGAAUGUAAUACAUCCCAUGAGGACUAUCGGCUCUAGCUUUAUAUGCUCCCGAGGACUGUCUUUCAAAAAGUGAACACGUUCACCUUAUCCAUUGUGUACGAUAUACGACCUCUAUCUCUAUACAUGACACGUCUAUCCGUUGUAGAAAUUUCUGUCAAAAUAGUUUUGCCUUGUGUGUAUAAAAGUAUAAAAACUAACCUG